AUGGGGCAGUCGCGGCAAUCGAGCAGGCCGCGGGCCGCGACAGCGAUAUCUGCACGAAGAGGAACACCAGGUCUCACGCUGGGCUUUGGGCCCAGAAGGGCCCGCUGGCGCGACUACGCGCGCCACGGCUGGGGCAAAGACGUGUACAAGCCGAUCUCUCAAACGGGAAAGAACAUGGGAAAACAGCCCCUCGGGUGGAUCAUUGUGGACUCGCUGGACACGCUGAUGCUGAUGAAGUGCGACGAGGAACUGCGCGAGGCCCGCACGUGGGUCAAGCACGAGCUGGACUACGACUUCGACUACAAUGUCAACACUUUCGAGACCACGAUCAGAAUGCUAGGUGGCCUUUUGUCGGCCCACUACCUGAGCGAGGACGACGUGUAUCUGGAGCAGGCUGCGCGGCUGGGCAACAAGCUGAUUGGCGCGUUCGGCUCGAAAAAGGGCAUUCCGUACGCGUCGGUCAACCUCAAGUCUGGCGAGGGCAUCCCCAGCCACGUCGACAGGGGAGCCAGCUCGACGGCAGAGGCCACGAGCGUGCAGUUGGAGUUCAAGUUCUUGGCGCAGCUGACUGGCGAGGAACUGUACUGGCGCGCGGCCGAACAGGUCAUGAAGUCGCUGGACGAGGCCGACCCACCAGACGGUCUCGUUCCGAUCUACAUCCAGCCAGAAACAGCGAAAUUCCAGGGCAAGUUGAUCCGGCUCGGUUCUCGCGGCGACUCCUACUACGAGUAUCUGCUCAAACAGUAUCUGCAAACCAGAGAACAGGUGUACCUCGAAAUGUAUCUCGAGGCCGUUGCCGGUAUCCGCAAACACCUUGUGAGCUACUCGAAGCCCAGUAAUUUGAUGUUCAUCGGAGAGCUGGAGCGCGGCAUCGGGGGCCCGCUCAGCACCAAAAUGGACCAUCUGGUCUGUUUUGCGGGCGGUAUGUUUGCGAUGGGGGCCACCGAGGGGCUUGACUACGAAACCGCCAGACGACUGUCCACGUGGACCGACGAAAAAGAACAGCAGAUGACCUUGGCCAAGGAGCUCACGCACACGUGCUACAGAAUGUACCACGACGUGCCUGCCACGGGGCUUGCGCCGGAGAUCGUCGUUUUCAAGCAGGAUGCGAAUAGCGAGAAGGACUUCUACAUCAAGCCCGCGGACAAACACAACCUACAGCGUCCAGAAACCGUCGAGUCGCUUUACUACCUGUACAAAAUUACCGGCGACGUCAAGUACAGAGAAUGGGGCUGGGAGAUCUUCGAGAACUUUGUCAAGCACACAAAGGUGACGUCGGGGGGCAAGGACACCAAGCCGAGAUACACGAGUCUCGACGACGUGACGGUGACCCCGCCGAAAAUGCGCGACAACAUGGAAUCGUUCUGGCUCAGCGAGACCUUGAAGUACCUGUACCUGCUGUUUGACGACGAGACCGAUCCAAAAUGGGAUCUGGAGAACAUGGUCCUCAACACGGAAGCGCAUCCGUUCCCGCGGUACGCCAAGGCGCCAUUUACCACUGGAUGGAGACGGCAGGCAAAGCUCGAGAGCGUGGAGCCGGAGAACAAGGAGACUCCGACGCAGGAGAUGGAAGUUGGCGACGCGGACGCAGACCUUGAUGUUUUGGAGGCGAAACUCAAAGCUUCUCGCGACAACGAGGCUGUGGCAGAAGCUCUCAAGCAGAAGGGAGAGUUGCCCGUGGCGAAGCAGCCUGUUGCCAAGCCGUUGAACGAGCAGGUCGACAGCGUGAAACAGGAGCUUGGGAAGCAGGCGGAUGUAUAG